CAGUUCUCGCGCGAUGUAAACAAAAACAAACCGGCGACUGUGAGAUUGAUUAGGACCGACCAUGGCGCUGUUACAUAAAAAGAAGACCGACGUUCCGGAGGACGCUGUCAAGCUGACCGAGACGCAGGCCCUCGUCUACUUUGGCAAGAUCAUCGAAGGUUGGGAGAACCGGUCGGACGUAUGGCCCCUAAUCUACACCCCGGGCAUCCUGGGUUCGGCCACGGUCGUCUCCAGCAUCUACAUCAACUCGCACUACCGGGCCCGCCUUAAGCUCGGCACGUUCGGCCGCCUGUCCAGCUACCUCCCCGCCGUCGUUCUCCCGGCCAUCAUGACCACCUUCUUCCACAAGGCGUUCAUCGUCCCGGACGUGAUCCUCAACCCAACCGGCUGCCCGGUUUGCGUCCAAACCCGGGCCGGCCUCAUCCAGGCAGGCUUCAGCACGGCCUACCCGAUGCUGCUGGCGCCAAUGUCCGCCUUUAUGUUUGCCACGCGCCACUUCACCUACCGGCUGCCGUCGAUUACCAGCGAGCCGCGCGAGGUGUUCCGGCUGUACCGCAGGAUGACGGGGCCGAUCACGCUGGCGGCGACGGCCUUUUUGGCGUUCAACCUGCUGCUGUCGAUGUUCCUGACCGGGAAGGAGGUCGAGGCGGUGUACCGGAUCAAUUUGGCGCUGGAGCCGGUGGGGGAGGAACGCGGGGAUGCGUGAGGAGUUCCUGGUUUGAGUUGUAGAUAAAUUGUGAAUAAUAUAAUUUAAAAUGGAGUAUAA